AUGUCACAAAAUAUAGUGUUUGAUAUCUCUCCAGAGAAUAGCUCAUCGUCAGAUGAAGAUGAGUUCAUAAAAAUUGAUCAAUAAAACAGCUCAAUCUUAAGUGUAAGAGCUCCCAAUUUAUUUGACAGUGAUACACCUUAAUAGUUUCAAAAAAUCCCAGAAACAACACAUUCCAUGAGGAAACAGCACACAGUUACUUUUGAUACACUAAAUACAAGUGAAGGGGAAAGAAAAUAGUUAAAUAAAUGGAAUUAAUAAGAAAAAGAAAAUAGAAAUCGCAAUACUUGCACAAACACAACAGAAUUAACAGAAAAAGCUAGAGCCAGUAAUAAAAGACAUGCUAAUGAAAGUGUAGAGUAUUUAUAAUAACAGAAAUCUUAUUAACAAUAAUAAAUUAAGUCCAAUCAAUACAAAAAAGCUUAAUAGCCAAAAAGAGCUACUAAUGGAAACUAUUCGUCGAUUGAUAACUUUUAGAAUUAAUCUAUGGCACAAGAAUUAUUGGAAUUAGAUUUACCUGCGCUUAUUUCAUAACUUACUAAAAAAAGAAGAGUAAAUAAUAAUAGUUUUCACAACCAUAAUAAUAGUUUGUUUUACAAUUCAAACACUAAACCUUAGAUACCACAAAAACAGGGCUGCAUUGUUCGAUAAUCAUUUAAUAAGUAAAGUUCCUAAGAGGAAAUUUCUAUUGUCUAAUAAACUAGAGAAAGAUCAAUCACAAUGAUUUUAAGGCAACCUGGAAAAAUUGUUAAUUAAAAGUAGUUAAAAAGUAACAGCAUUGCGUUGAGAAAAUGA